AUGACGAAUUACUCGUUUCUACCUCCCAAUUUGAUUCCCGACGACGCCAGUCCAGAAUGGAUGAACAAAGGCGACAACGCUUGGCAGCUCGUGGCGGCGACACUGGUCGGACUUCAGACCGUCCCUGGUCUUAUCAUUUUGUAUGGAGGCGCGGUGAAGAAGAAAUGGGCGGUGAAUUCUGCGUUCAUGGCUCUGUACGCGUUUGCAUGCGUCCUGGUUUGUUGGGUCUGUUGGGGUUAUCACUUGUCAUUUGGCGACAAAAUGGUUCCAUUUUGGGGGAAACCAAACGUUGCAUUAAAUCAGGCAUACUUACUCCAGCCGGCGUUCUUGGGAAAGUUUCCUAAUGCAACAAUGGUGUUUUUUCAGUCUGUUUUUGCGGCUAUAACGUUGGUUUUGAUCGCCGGUGCAUUGUUGGGGAGAAUGAAUUUCUACGCUUGGAUGUUGUUUGUUCCUCUUUGGCUUACUUUUUCAUACACAAUCGGAGCUUUUAGCAUUUGGUCUCCAAAUGGGUUCUUAGCAAAAUGGGGUUUAAUUGAUUAUUCAGGCGGUUAUGUCAUUCAUUUGUCAUCUGGAGUUGCUGGUUUUACAGCUGCAUAUUGGGUUGGACCUCGAUUGAGAAAGGAUAGGGAGAGAUUUCCACCUAAUAACAUUCUACUUAUGCUGGCCGGAGCAGGGCUUUUAUGGAUGGGAUGGACUGGUUUUAACGGCGGAGAUCCUUACGUGGCAAGCACUGACGCCUCUUUAGCUGUGCUCAAUACCCAUGUGUGCACUGCCACCAGCCUUCUGACGUGGCUCAUUCUUGACAUUGUCUUCUUUGGCAAGCCCUCUGUUAUUGGUGCUGUACAAGGCAUGAUAACCGGCCUUGUCUGCAUCACCCCAGCUGCUGGAGUUGUACAUGGAUGGGCGGCCAUAAUAAUGGGAAUAUGUUCAGGCUCCAUCCCAUGGUUCACUAUGAUGGUUGUUCACAAGAAAUCGGUACUUCUUCAGAAAGUGGACGAUACCAUGGCCGUUUUCCACACCCAUGCUGUCGCCGGUAGUCUUGGUGGCAUUCUCACCGGCCUUUUCUCCAAUCCCAGGCUAAGUUACUUGUUCUAUGGUUACUAUAACAGUUACAUGGGCCUCUUUUAUGGUUUCACCAACCGCGAAUUCAGUUUAGGGUUCCGCCAGAUUGGGAUCCAACUAGUGGGGAUUUUAUUUGUUGCGGGUUUGAAUGUUGUGGUAACAAGUCUGAUAUGCAUUUUGAUUCGAGUUUUCGUGCCAUUGAGAAUGUCGGAAGAAGAUAUGGAAAUAGGAGAUGAGGCUGCGCAUGGUGAAGAGGCCUAUGCUAUAUGGGGUCAAGGCGAUAAACUUGAGAACUCGAGGUACUCUACUUAUAAUGACGUCGAGAUGCCCCCGGCUAAGGGUAGAGGUGGUGGACAAGCUGAAAUGGUGUAAGGGUUGCAUGUCAUGAUCAAAAGGGUUAUAUUGUAUUUUCACAUUA